AGUCUUAUUCGAGUGUUCAAUUCGAUUGGUUUUAUGUCCCGGAAGGAUUUUUAUCCCAAAUGUUAUAGGCCGAUCCUAUUUUUUUUAGAAGAAACCUUUAGAAGAAACCCCAACACAAAGAUUUUCGUCUUAUUCCUCGUCGUGUCGUGUGUGUUGUUUCUUCAUCCCAUAUUAAACUGAAUGAGAGUUAUCUUAACAGUUUUUUAGUUCUUCCAUCAUAAGCGUCGUUAUCUUUGGUUUUUCUCUCGAUUUUUUUUUUUUCGUCUUUGGAUUCGGUUUACUGUCGCUUUUCGAUUAUUUGUCAUCGUUUCCUUUAUGAGGAUUGUUACAAAACGACAAAAAAAAAACAUAACUCGAAGGAUCCAGAGGAUAAUGAUGUGGGAACAUUAGCUACUUUCUAUAAGAUGGAAAAGAUUUUCGAAACUUUUUCAGUGAUUUUUUGUUGCUUCUGAUCUCAACCCCCUAAGGUUUUUUUUGUUGCGAACUGUUUGCUCUUAAUGGAGGCCUAAUAAAAGAAAGUGGAAAAGUGAAAAAAACAAGUGAGGAGAAGAAGUGCUCUUGUGUUUGAUUGCCAUGUCUCAAAUGGAAAAUCAAGAAAUUCUUUUAUAAAAUAAAAUGAAAAAAAAAAUCUGAAGUGCAAAAAGGAAUACGAGUUAUAAAAAAAAAAAUAAAUAAGAAGAAUCCAAUUCCACCCCAACAAAAAGGGGUUAAAAAGUCAAAGGAAGUUUAUUUUGUGUGCUCCUUCUGCUCGUCGGUGGUAUAGUAGAGUAGUUGUCGUCGUGAAUCGUGAUUAUUAUGAUGAGUGGAUUGAAAGUGCAAUCGAGUAGAUACACUUUUCAUGAUCUCAACUCAAGUGAUUGUUAGAGUGUGUCGUGUUGUGAUUUUUUUUUGUAUUCUGUUCUUGUUAAAAUUUAAUUAUUUAAUUACCCAUUGAAUAUCUAGAAAUUUCAACAAAAAAAUAUAUAUAUUAUUCAAUUGUUUCGAUGAGUGUGUUGGCAAUUUGUAGCAAAAAUACCUGAAGUGGUUUUUAUGUGAGUGUGGUAGAUGGGAGUGUGUUUUAUCUUUAUUCAAUGACAAUAAAAAUGUCAUAGAGAUAAUUUUUUUUUCUCAUUGUGUUGUGUUUUUUUUUUUUUUUUAAUUGGGUCCUAUGUGUGCUGCUGUUGUUGAUAUUAACACACAAUUUUUAAUUGUUUCACGCUUGUGGUUGCAGGCAAAUUGGAUGGUUUUGGAAAGUUAUACUGUCAUUGGAUUGCAUGAGGCUCAACGCAAAUAUCCUGACGAUAGAGAUGCUCUGCAUGAUGGCUGGACCCCCAACGUAGGAGUAUGGAUUUCGAGGCUAUAAAUCGAUGGCAUCUAACGACUAUGUCCAACUCUUCGAACAAAAAAUAUUAUUAUCCUUUUUUUGAUAAAAUACACAAACCGUCAUUGUCGAGUCACAGACCCUAAAUCAUAACAAAAAAACAAAUAGAAAAACUACAAGAAGCUUGCUCGUAUCAAAAACACAUAAACGCAAAAAUGCUUUUAUGACAAAACGAUAACACGAACAAGGAGAUAAGAAUAAAAAUAGUCCUCUCUGGCUCUUAAACUAAACUCAUUCUCAUCGUUUGAAAUAAAAACAAAACAAAAAAGUAAUCAAACAGGAUUCAAAAAAAGGACUUACAAAGGGUGCAAAAGGUGGGACUGGAAUAGCACGUAAAACUGCUAUUUUUCGUUGUAAUAGCUUAAAAAAUAUAUAAAUGCCACAUUGUGCAGGUGUUACACAUCAACAACCACUUUUAUUCAAAGUGACACGAGGUUAAAAAAAAAAACUAACAAAAAAAAAAAAUCAAAUAAAAAAAAACAAAAAAAACAAUGCGGAUUCAGUUCCUAAGAUAACCCCAAAAAUUUGUCUAUACUAACAAAUGAGCAGGAUUACUAAAAAAUCGUGACACAUGGCUAUGUACUAUUACGCUAGUAAAAUAUCAGCUAUCGCCUGCGGAACACGAUGUAAGCAGACGGUGCUACAAAAAUCCAGAGGGCAACGCGACCGUGACAAAUUUGAUGCAUUUGGAUAUAUUCACGAUAACGAAAAUGCUAUAGAUAUGGAUUUUGGAUGUCAAGAGGUUUCAACUUUUAAAACAGUAAAGAGCUGCAGCGAUAUAAAUGCGGAUGAUGUUGUACAAUAUGACAGACCGAAAAUAUCUUACCCACAAGCACAAGUUGUCAAUUAUGAGAAUUCUGUUCUCGGCUCAGGUGGUAUUAUGUACGUGGAUGGAAAAAUCGUUUCCGGGCCGCUGGAUUCUCUGGUGGAUAUACUUGUACCGAAGAACGUCGAUGAGUUGGAUAAGGAUUUCGUUUUCUCAUUUAUAUUAUCAUCACGUUUGUUCCUGCGUCCACAUGAGUUAUUGGGUAAACUGUUGUCCUCUGUACCUGAUAGUGAGUCCUUAGCCACAUUAGCCGCAUUACUAGCCGAAUGGACACAUCGGUUCCCAUACGAUUUCCGCGAUGAAAGGAUCAUGAGUCAUGUUAAACAUAUCGUUUCGAGAUGUUCUAAUACUGGAUUAGAGGAGUUAGUUUCGGAAAUAUUGAGUGCCUUGUUAAAACGCCUGACUGAAUUAGAAAAACACGAAGGAGAUUUACGUGCUUGUCAAAGUAAUACUGAUAAGAUAGAUUUAAUAGACUGCCCAACUGCAUCACAUUACGCACAAAUUUUAUGUCGAAUCGAACGCAAAUUGGCAAAACAUGUUGGACCCGAAGAAUUUCUACAAUGUAGCAAUAAUGUACUUUUGGAUAAACAAUCAAAAAAAUGGGACCAACCAUCAACAUCAGGUGGCCCUCCUGGUGUACAAGAUCCAAAAAAAACUUGCAAUCUGGAAACAUAUUUGGAGUGGUCAGCUCGUUUACGUUUAUUUGUAUGCAAUGAAAUUCUUCGGUGUAACAGCAUACGAGAACGCAAGAAAAUCGUCGAACUGUGGAGCGGAGUCGCUCAAUAUUGCCUUUUAGUUGGUAACUACAAUAGCGCAACAGCCAUUUUGGAAACUCUCGAAUCACCACCGAUAGCUCGACUUAAAGUUACGUGGAGUAAGUUAUCAUCGACAUGCCAGCAAUUGGAUUGUAUGCAACGACAUGCCGAAGGAUAUGGGGAUUUGUGGACAAAACAAGCAAUCGUCUUAAAUGAAAACCAAAAGACUGAUCAUAGUACGACGGUUGUGGUGGUGGUAUCAUCCACAUCUACAACAGCGGCGACAUCAUCGUCAACGACAACGGUAACAGGAGCAACAACGACAUCGUCGACGACGACGACGACAAUGAUGACAACGCCACCGCUACCGCCGCCACUGCCACAACUGCCGGUGCCACCAACAGCAGCAACGUUAGUGACAACAACAUCGACGACACUGUCAUCGUCAUCGUCGGAGAAAAAACCAACGAAACCAAACGAUUGGGUGGUCAUACCCGUGUUUGCUGAUAUUGUUAAGCUGGCUAUAUCAGGACGUGAGGAUUGCCUCCAGAGAUUGCCGAAUGGUCACAUCAACGUAACUGCAUUUGAUCGGGUAGCAGCUAUCGCUGGAGCAUUUACCAAGCACAUGAGCUCCGUGAAGGCACCAUCAACGGCGGACACAACACCUGGUGAAUACGAAGCCUUUUGCCGGCACAUGCAGAAGACUUCUACACUAAAUGAAUCCGAACUUAUGAUGGCAUCUUUUGACUGUGAAGAACCUAAUAAUGCGGAAAAACUAAUGUAUGACUUGAAUUAGUCAAUGAAAAGUGGAAAAUGUCUUCUACAGAAUCAAUUUUAAGCAUCAACAUUGGCUUUUGAAUUGAUUUUUUUUUUGUUUUAAUCAUAUCAAUUUUUUUUAAUUUUAUGUUCAAAUUUCAUAAAAAAUCAUACAAAAAAAUAUAUGAGACUAUUGUAAAUAAAAUAUUUUGUACAAAAAUUAGAAAACUAAAUAAAUAAAAAUAAAAUAAAUUAGGAAAUAUAUAAUUAAUUGUUAUACCAUAGUUUAAGGGCACUAUGUUGCAUAUUUGUAAAUAGAUACAUAAAUUAACAUAAAUAAGAAUUUAAAAAACUAUAUUAGCCUACUUUUUACCUGCAAACCUGGAUCUUAUUUCUUUUAAAAAUAAUAAUAACUGCCCUUUUUACCUUCAACAAUUUUCGUGAUCUUAGAUUCUAUAUUGCAAACAAUGAUUGCAUUAGCUCUGAACUUUUAAUUACCUUCCUGUUUUGGAGUUGUUUGGAUUUCCAGCUUGCAGGUAGUGAGUGAUACAUAGCGAUAAUAUAUAAUAUAAAAAAAAUGUGCAAUUAAUGUUUGUUAUUAUAAUUUUAAUUAAAUAUCUAAAUUUUGUUUGUUAAGUUUUAAAUUGUUUGUUAUUUUGUCAAUAAAAUUAAGAUAUUUUAAAAAAAUGUUAAAAGAUUAAGUUUAGUUAAGUUUAUCAUGAAAUUGUCAAUUUUUUUAAUUUCACAAAAGCACAUAAAUAAAUAUAUGUAUGUAUGUAGUUAGUUAUAAAAUGUGUUCCUUUAAGAAGCGAAUGUAUUAUAAUAAAGCUAUUUAUGUAGUUCACACAUACAAAAUAAGUAAAUAGAGUUGAAUAGAUAAAUAAAAAAAAAGAAAAACGCGAAAAUAAAUCGAUAUUGUCAAUAAGAUAU